UCGAGAUUGUUCAGGACCAUUGAGUGCACUUACUGAACUGAAUACUAAAGUAAAAGAGAAGUUUCAGCAAUUGCGGCACAGAAUACAGGUGUGCAGUCACUUCAUAGGCACAUACAGCACUCCUGAAUCCAGCUAAGGUAUAUGUGCUCUCAAAAACCACUGCAGUGAGAAGUACCCAUUUGCAUAGCCUGUUUCUGCUGCUGUGCCCUAGUGAGAAUAAGAUGGGUGCAUGCAUCUGCCCAUUCCUAAGUGGGCCUUGGGGCACCUGGUCUCACUGCUUGUGGUGCUGGGAUUUAAAGACUUGUGAUUUUCCUGUGACAUGGCCCCAGAUGCUCCUGACAACUUCCGCUGUUCAACAGAGGACAAUCUGUUUCAAACCUGGAAGAAAAACUGGCCAUUCAGAAAUAGAGCUUGAGCAGUCAGCUAAAGAGCAAGACAAAGAGUCAGAGAAACAAGUUCUGCUCCAGGAAGUGGAGAAUCACAAAAAGCAGAUGCUCAGCAAUCAGACCUCAUGGAGGAAGGCUAAUCUCACUUGCAAAAUCGCUAUCGACAAUCUAGAGAAAGCACAACUUCUCCAGGGAGGAGACCUCUUAAGGCAAAGGAAAACCACCAAAGAGAGCCUGGCCCAGACAUCCAGUGCCAUCACGGAGAGCCUCAUGGGGAUCAGCAGGAUGAUGUCCCAGCAGGUCCAGCAGAGCGAGGAAGCCAUGCAGACGCUAGGUAGAAAAGCAUUUCCUGGAGCCUUCAGCUUCCUCCCAUCUGGGGCGUUGACUCACCCCAGCUCAGAAAAGAGAUCGCAAACAUCUUCCUUCUGGAAAAUGGAUUUACGUAGGAAGGAUCCCACUGAAAGCCUGCAGCUAGCCCACUAGGACAGUGAGAAACAAAACCAUGUCAACCACGGAGUUUAAUGUUGUUGCGUGUGGAAUGAAGGUGCAAUGCCUGUCUCUUCUCUACUUUUCAAACUGGUAAGGAGAAUAGCCUGAUUAUCUCUUGAAUCAUACUGACAUAUAGAUAUGCUCUCGUAUGCAAAUUCUAUGUGGAAGAAGCCCCAUUUCCAAAACCCAUGUGAGAACAAGAUGAUUUCCCUUUAGAAAAGUGACUGCACGGCAUGUUAAAACACAAAAUCUGGAGUCCUUGCAGAUUGUAACUCCUUGGCAGAUGUGUGCCAGAGAACAGAGAAGCUUAAAACUACAUGUUCACUAGGGCACUUAUCCCAGAGAAAUGAAAGUUUACAUCCUCAAAGAAACCUGUAGAUGAGUAUUCAGAGUGGCUUUAAUAGCUCCAAGCCAGAAACAACUCAAAUGUCCUCCAACAGGUGAAUGGCUAAUCAAAUUCUAGUAUAUCCUUGCAGAAGAACACUACUCAGCAACAAACUGUCCAUCUGUGCAACAACCUGGGUGGGAGUCAUGGGAAUGAUGCUUUGUGAAGAAAGCCAGCCUCAAGGGUCUGUGUGCCCUCUGAGCCUGUUGUUGGAACAGUCUCGAAAUGACAAAACUAAGGAGAAAGAGAACAGAUUAGAGACUGACAGGGGACAGAUGUGGGGGGCUCUGGCUGUGAAGGGGUAGCAUGAGGGAAUUCCUAUGUGGGGAUGGAAUGGGUCCAUGUCUUAAUUACAGUGGUGGUUAUACCAGUCUAUCCUGGGAUAAGAUAACACAGAAACAUACCCGCAGGCGCGUGCGCGCAAACACACACACACACACAAGAACAUGUAAAAACUAGUGCAGAAUAAGAUCAGUGGUCUAAUCAACCAUACUAUAUCCAUCUCCUUUGAUGCUGGACUACUGCUCUAGAAGAUGUUACCACUCGGGGAGGCUGGGUAAAGGGUCCAUGGAAUCCUAUAUACUUUUUUUGCAACUUCCUGGGAGUCUAUAAUGAUUUCCAAAUACAAGGUUUUUGAAAACCCUAAACAUUAGGGAUUACUACAGAAGAAUAUAAAUCAGAAAAGAAGGCUUCUCGCUAGACUCUGGGGUUCAGGUUACUUGUGCUUGACUAAGUAUUGUUCAGGGGCACAAGUCCAAGUGCAAAGUGUCAUGUGCCUUAUGUACUUAUGAAUUUGAGUUGUCUGUUCCCCCUAGAAAAGGUCAGGCUGCAGCUCGUCAACUGAAAUGAGACAUGGCUUUAAUUCCUGGACUCUCAGUCCCCCUCCCCCCAGCCCCACAGUCAUCCAUUUGGUUGGAGACUAGAGGUCACUGAUGGCAGAAGUACAUCCCUCCUGUCUCACUUCUCACCCUCCUGGCAGGGGCCAUGGAUCCUUUCAACAGAGUGGUCCUUCCAGGUAUGGCCCCCUGUGUGCUUCUGUCUUUCCCUUGCUGGGUGUGGUACGCACUCAGGAGGCCAUCCAUUGCCCCCAUCAUUGGCUUGAAAGGCAGCCCUUUCAAGGAAGCAGACAGAGCUCAGCUGUCCGUGCCCUGAGAAUGGUUAUGAAUUGGGGCGGGAAUUCUAGAGAAUCAUAACCAGCCCCGAUUCCCAUGCUUAGGGCCACUCAAACCACCUGGCUUUGAAGCCCCAGCUGGGGUGUCUGUGCAGCUUCCAGCAGAGCAGAGUUCAGGGAAGGAAAACAGAUGGCUGAGUCUUUAGCAGAGGACAGGGGACAACAUCCUCAGGCCAAGAAUCCAGAGCUCUGGAUGGGUUUCAGCAUCCCCUGGGGAAGCUCUGAGCCUCUGGAGGAAUAAUCCAGGGAUGCUGCCAGCCUCAAUGGCACCUUUGGGAGGUUAGAAAAGUGUGCCCCUUUGGGGGGAUGGUUAUGGGUCCUCAGCCCACAGAUGGACAGCAAGUGGCAUCUCCUGUGAGAGUAUUCAGCUGGUUCAGGGAAAGGCGGAUGGCCAGAGGAGAAGGUUGGAAUGUAGGCUGGGACAGGCUGUGAAGAAGGGCAGAGGGCUGGGUGUUGUUGGUCAAGUGAGGCAUACCCUAAAACCUAGACCUGAGGAAAAUCUGGUUUUCUACCUAGUGGCCAUAAUUGACUGUGGUGGUUUUGAAACACAGCCAUGGGUCCACUGACACUUCUCUUUUGGAGUAGUGUCUAUGUCCUUAGGCUCCAUGUCCUUCUUCUUGAAACUCUGAAGGUUUGGGACUGUUUUGAUGAUUGGAGUACAGUGGAGGUGAUUCUAUAUGACUUCUAAGGAUAAGUGAUGAAAGGCUGUACAGCUUCCACCUGGUUCUUCUGAGCCCUUGUCCUUGGAAAACUGAGCUGCCAUGUAAGAAGUUCAAUAAUGCUGAGACCAUCAUGCUGUGAGCAUCCCAAUCCACAUGGAGAAGCCAAUGUAGAUGCUUGGGUUGUCAGUUCCCACUAGGGCCAGUCUUUGGGUCAUCCCAGCCUAGGUACCAGACAAAUGAGUGAAGAAGGUUGCAGGUGGCCCCAGCCCCUGGCCAUUGCAGUCUUCCCAACUAGGGCCCCAGACAUCAUGGAGUAGAGACAAGUCAUCCGCACCGCGCUUCAUCUGGGUUCUUGGCCCACAGGAGAGUUACGUGGUUGUUAUUGUCUUGUGGCACUCAGUUUGGGGUGGUUUGUUACACAGCAAUAGAUAACUGGAACUUCAUCAAUAACCUGAGUAAGCCAGAGGUCUUAACCUCAAUACUUUCACUUGGGCAAGGCAUGAAGUAAGAAUGUGAGAAUGGGGCCUAGUGAGGGAGUAGUGGGGCCAGCAAAAACACUGUACCCAGCAGGGAGCACCCACCUGAUGGCCCUGGGGUGGAGCCUUUGUGGUAUCUGGAUUAAACCAGUGUCAACUUGGUGAAUGUGAAUGAAGAGUUGGAGCACACCCCAAAUUCCAACCAACGUCACCUGGGGCGAUCCCAGGGAGGCCCAGCUAUUGUAUGAGACUGUAUUUUGUGACACAGAAGUCUCACCAAUUCCCAUUUAGAGAAACAAACUGGUAAUCGCUUCAGCCAUGAGGAUAGGAUAGAGCAGCCCCCACCCCGAGGCGUCACCCCACAGUACCUCCGGACCCUGUCCAUCAGGGAGAAGUGGGUCCUCACCUCCCUUGCCUCUGGUUGCUGCCUCACUCACAAAUGCCUCUUCAUGAUGGGCGUGCCCUUGUCCUGUCACCCCUGACCCAGGCUCUUCACCAGCCUACCUACAACCCCCACCUCUGGACCUCUAGGCCUCCACAUCUCCACAUUUGUCCCCAUGAUCUAGCACAGUGUCUACACAUAGUAGGUACUUGUAUAUGAGUAGAAGCCUUAAAAACACAGAAAAUCACUGUCAU